AUGUUGCAAACUAGAUUUGAUGAGUUAAGAAUGUUGGAAACUGAAACUUUAUUUGAAUUUUAUGAAAAGUUGUCUGAUAUUGCUAAUCAGUUUUUUGCCUUGGGAGAAAAAAUAGAUGAAUCUGUGUUGGUUCGAAAAAUAGUUCAUGUACUUCCAGAUAGGUUUGACACAAAAUUUCUAGCAAUGGAGGAGGCUAAGGAUUUUGGAAAAAUGAAGGUUGAGGAGCUUAUGGUUUCGUUAGGAACAUUUGAGCUAAAUCAACAAAUAAAGCAAAAGGGUAAGCCAAAUCCUUCAAUUGAAAAAAGUAAAGGUAUUGCAUUUAAAGUUUAUGAAAAAGAUGUUUAUGAUGAUGGGAAAGAUGAUGAAAUGACCUUGAUAACAAGAAAUUUUCAAAAGUUUAUGAAAAAGGUUGGAAAUAAAAAGAAUUUUUCAAAAACUCCAAAAGGUAACACCUCUUCUAAACCUUUCGUUUCUAACAAUAAAAAGGGUAUUAAAUGCCGAGAAUGUGAAGGUUAUCGUCAUAUUCAAUCUAAAUGUGCCAACACAUUGAAAAAGAAUAAAAAAGGCUUUAAUGUUACUUGGAAUGAUGAUGAUUCUGAAGGUAGUGAAGAGGAUAAUGAGAAAGUUGCUUUAACCAGUGUUUUAUCAACUGAUUUUCAGGAAAGAGGAAAAAUUUUGUGUUUAAACAAUACCUUGACUGAUGUCAAUAAAAAAGAAAUUGACUUGGAUUCAGACGAGUCGGAACUCAAUGAGGAAUCAUUGGCUGAAUCAUACAAGGAUUCUGUUUUUACAGCUGAACGUUCUGUUUCUAUAGAAAUGAAGCAGUCAGGUAAGCCUGAAAAUUCUCAUGGGAAAAAUAAAUGUUUCAUUCCCUCUUGUCAUUUUUAUGGAGGUUGUUCCAGGCACAUGAUAGGUGAUAAAGACCUUCUUGUAAACAUUAGACUAAUGCAAUGUGGAGAAGAUACUUUUGGUAAUGGUCUAGCUGGAAAUGUCAUAGGGAAGGGAACUCUUAAUUUUGUAGGUCUACCCAGGCUUAAGAAUGUAAUGUUGGUUGAAGGAAUUUGUGAUAAGGGUUACACUGUUAAUUUCGAUAGUAAUCGUUGCUAUGUUGCUAAUGACCAAGAUGAAAUUAUUUUGCAAGGGUUUAGAUAUAUUGAUAAUUGUUACACACUCACUACCUAUGCUACUUGUCACUCUGCCAUAGAUAAUUCUACUGAUUUAUGGCAUGAAAAGCUUGGACACAUUCAUUUCAAAAAUUUGAAAAAACUGUCAAAUGCAGGAAUUGUUCGAGGAUUACCCAAACUGGGUAAAGAAUCUGUGGGAAAAUGCGAACCAUAUCAACUUCGUAAGCAACUGAAAAUUUCUCACAAAAGUAUUCUUGAUGUGAAUACUUCCAAAGUUCUUGAACUUCUUCAUAUGGAUCUAAUGGGUCCAAUUCAGGUUGAAAGUUUGAAUGAUUGUAAUAUUGGAAAAAUUGUUCGGAUUAGGAGUGAUCAUGGAAAAGAAUUUGAAAAUAGUGUUUAUGAUGAGUUUUGUAAAUCUAAAGAAGAAAAGAUUGAAGGUUUGCUGGAAAAGUCUCCUGAACUGGCAGACGAUUUGGCUGCAAUCACUGAAUCUUCGUCUAAGGUUACACCUCAAGAUUCUGUAGCUACAACUAAUGAUUUUCUAGAAUCUUCAACGAAGAAAGAAACUGAGCAACUGCCAAACAUAAUCACCGAUCCAAUUCAAAGAGAACCAUCCUCCAGGGUCAAGAAGAAUCAUCCUACCGAUCUCAUACUUGGGAACAUGCAUGAGAGCAUGGUUACUAGAAGAAGGUAUGCUAAUUUGAUUCAAUUUGUGUGUUUUGUCUCUUCUUUAGAGCCUAAAAAUGUGAAGGAAGCCUUGAUGGAUGAAGCAUGGAUUCGGGCAAUGCAAGAAGAGCUGGAUCAAUUCAUUCACAAUAAAGUACGGACACUUGUUCCUAGACCAACUUGUGCUAAUGUCAUAGGAACAAAGUAG